AUGUCAAUCCUUGCUUCGCCCUCAUGUUGUUACUACUGUGCUCCCCUCCCUGCUGUUACUCCUGCGCACCUCUCCUUGCUGAUACUCCUCUCCUCCCUCCCCUCCUCCCCUUCCCUGCUGUGGUUCCCCUGCUCCCCUCCCUACUGUGACUCCUCUCCUCCCUUCCCUGCUGUGGUUACCCUGCUCCCCUCUCUGCUGUGGUUUCUCUCCUCCCUUCCCUGCUAUGGUUCCUCUCCUCCCCUCCCUGCUGUGGUUCCUCUCCUCCCUUCCCUGCUGUGGUUCCCAUGCUCCCCUCCCUGCUAUGGUUCCUCUCCUUCCUUCCCUGCUGUGGUUCCUCUGCUCCUCUCCCUACUGUGGUUCUUCUCCUCCCCUCCCUGCUGUGGUUCCCCUGCUCCCCUCCCUGCUGUGACUCCUCUCCUCCCUACCCUGCUGUGGUUCACCUGCUCCCUUCCCUGCUGUGGUUCCUCUCCUCCCUUCCCUGCUGUGGUUCCCCUGCUCCUCUCCCUGCUGUGGUUCCUCUCCUCCCCUCCCUGCUGUGGUUCCUCUCCUCCCCUCCAUGCUGUGGUUCUUCUCCUCCCUUCCCUGCUGUGGUUCCCACGCUCCCCUCCCUGCUAUGGUUCCUCUCCUCCCUUCCCUGCUGUGUUUCCCCUGCUCCUCUCCCUGCUGUGGUUCCUCUCCUCCCCUCCCUUCUGUGGUUCCUCUCCUCCCCUCCAUGCUGUGGUUCCUCUCCUCCCUUCCCUGCUGUGGUUCCCACGCUCCCCUCCCUGCUAUGGUUCCUCUCCUCCCUUCCCUGCUGUGGUUCCCUGCUCCUCUCUGUUGGGCAUGGGAUAA